GGCGUUGGGACCCUGUGACGUAGCGUUUACAGACCGCUCGCGCUGUUUACAGUUUGAGAAUUUUGUUGCAUGAAUUAUCAAACAUCAAGCACUAAAUGGCCAUAGAAGUAAUUUCGGCAAUUAUGAGGAAAGAACUUAUGUGACAGGUGAGUCGCACAUCUCUAUUCAUUCAUGCAUGCAUAAAGUCAGUUGGCUAUUUAUGUUUGCAGUUGUUCAAUCAUUUGCUUUCUUCGUAGUCAACAAUAUUCAUAUUAACUCGUUCCUUUGUAAUUACAUGAAAUAAUAUUUUCAAUGUCUGAUUGAACACUGAUCUGCAAACAGUUAGGCUAACAAAUCCAUGCAGCUUGUUUUACAUUCAGCAAUGAUCGGCUCGUAGGCUACACUUGAUUGUAGAAGGAUUUUACAUUUGAAGUUUACAAAAAUGAGGCUACUUUGUUUUCCCUAAUCCCAUGUCACCUACAGCCACACAAUUCAUUUCGCUACUUCAGCAGUCUUUUGAAUGUUCACUAUUGCCCUCUAUAAUUGUUUUGUUGUUUAUCCUGUUAAGUCUAGUUAUCCUGUUUCAAAGUAGCCAAUACAGUAUAUCAAAUGGUUGUUCUAUUUCAGUGAAUGUUUGCAACGGAUGCAGUUUUCACUGCGACUUUGUCAGAUAUCCAAUUAUUUGAAACAAUGUUAAUCUUAUUUCUUGUUUAGCAAAUAUCUGUAAUAUUUUCGGCAGCUGAAACAUUGUAGCCGACUCACUGUUUGUAACAUUGUAGGCUAUAACAAUGUGACAAUAGUGCAACAAACUUUUACUUUUUAGGUAGCCUUUAAAUAUGAAAUACCCUAACUUUGGACGUUGAAUAAGGCUAGUACAGAGACUAUAUAUAAUCUGCAUUUCAAUAACAAACUUCGAGGCCUGAGCCAUCUGAAGCCUGGAGACUCCCUUGAAUCACGGAGCCCGUGUAGUGAUGUUGUCAGGGCGAGGGAGGAAACAACAACUCGACAAUAUACUACGAUAACAUCCACUAAUUUGUGUUUUUGGAUCUAACGUUACCACAUGUUAGGCAAUGGUGCACGGACAUGUGCUCAGUCAGGCGUUAUUGAAGUGCAGACCUCAUAUUUUACAUAAAACCGAGUCAAAAAACGUAGCUGCUCUCAAGCGGAUAUGAACAUUUAUUUUUAACCUCCCAAAUUAUGUCUGUUCUAUCUGCCUCUGUCCUGACAACAAUGAACCGGCUUUGUAAAAUGUUUUGUCUCCGCGUUCCAUCAUUGAGGUAAUGUGAACCCUUCAUAGGUCUACGAUUAUUAGCUUAGGCCCUAAUGAUAAGUAAAUGUGUGCUUAUGUAGGCCUAUUUAUCAAUGAUAAAUAUAUCAUUAAUUUAUAUAAUUUAUUCUGACAAUGAAAUUAAAGUUUAAUAUAGUACAAAUGUUAUUUAAAUCAUGUUAUUUUGGGUUAGAGAAAGGGAAAGCUAGGCGAUAUCGCUAUGGAAAAUCGCAAUAAUAGUUGUGAUGACAUUGCCUGGGGUUGUGGUGGUCAAUGUCACACAUUUGCCUUCCACCGAGAAAUCACAUGAUUGCCCCAUCAAGUCGAUACGAGUCGGUUCCUCUUUCCGCAUGAGUGCUGCUGGCUGCUGCAUAGACCAAUUUAAUAAACUGCUCAUGUGACUCUCAUAAAUCAAUCUACACACUACAAAUGGGUCGGAGGCAUGACAAUAGUGGCCUAUUCAGAUGAGAUUAAUAGUUAUUUCUAAGGGUGGCAAAGUAGACUAGAGUUGGCUGUAUAGCUCCACUUCUGUCCCUGAAAACUUAAUCUCUUUUACCUGUCUCAUCACUAUUCAAUAGAUCUAAAGUAUGGUUCAGUGGUUGAUUAACUCGACUUUCAUCAGUGAAUGGAUAUUGAUGUUCAAGUUUGUCAAUGUGUGUGUUGUGUUUCUCUCUCUCUCUCUUUCCAUCUCCUCUCUCAACUCUAAUCAGUAGCUUUAGCACUUGACACAUGAUGGCAAGAUUGCACAUUGGCAUGUGUGGUACUGUAUCAUGUUUGUCUGUUUGUGUGUUAGUCACUUUCAACUAUGUACUCUCUUUUACAGUUCUAUUCAGUAGGCCUGGGCUUAAUAAACUGGCACCAAAAAUUGAUAUGUAUGUGUAUAUUUAUGUGUGUGUGUGUGUAAAGGGUAUAUGUGUAUUAAUCACAGCCUCUAUCUCUCUCUCCUCAUAGUGUAAAUGGAGUCAUCGCGAGGCUCUGGGGGCCUCUCUCGCGAAUACAAGCUGGUGAUGCUGGGAGAGGGGGGAGUGGGGAAGAGCGGUGAGGAUCACACACACUCAUAAUUACACUUAACUGUACUCCUCCUCACGCUUACUUAGUGCAGGUCUUUGUUCCUUUCUUACUCCUCUCUAUUUUACAUAUUAUGUCUGACUUCGACUAAACUUCAACUCGGUCUUGAUUUACAUCAUUACUUAUUUUCUGCGAGUGGGAUGUGUGUGUGUGUUUGUGUGUGAGAGAGAGGUAGAGACACACACCCUCCAAGUGCAGUCAGACAGUCAGAGUUCUCGUAAGCAUGGGCGUCGGCCGCCUUCUACGGCAGUCUGGGGUGCAGUUUGGGUGCCUGUUGUCAGGAAGACGCAUCAGUGCCUAGCAACCACCUUCCCCUUCUUGGCUACUGUUGCUGUGGAGACUGGCAGAGUUCACCUGGUAUAGGUACACAGCAAAGUAAUAAAAACAUCGGGGAGAGGGAGGAUAUGGAGGGAGAGAUGGGUCGUAAAAACAAGCGGCAUUCUGAUUUCAUCUGUGCCUGUUGUCGUCAUGGAAACUAGAGUGGGUGUACACUGACGCUGCAAAGGCGGAGAUAUGUGUGUGUGUCUGUGUGAGCUGCAGGGUGCGUUUAUCUAUGUAUGUGAACCACUGGCCGCCUGGAGGGAGAAAAACAAUAAGACGAAAGAGAGAGAGAUGGAGAGAGGGAGGGGAAGUGUGUGAUACAACCUGGGUUAUGUAAUAAAGUCUCCCGCAUUGACUUCAUAAUCCGUCUCUCGCCCUCUUUCUCUCUCUCUUUCUUCCACUCUGUUUUCUGAUUUACUGUAGUUUGUUUCUGAUUUAUUCUCUUUGGUUUAUUGAUGCAGUGCCUAUGCAGCUUUUUGACAAUGUAAUUUGCCCCCAAAAAACGUGUUAAAACUUCUCUCUCUCUCUGUCUCUCCUCAGCUAUAAUCAUGCAGUUUAUCAGCCACAGGUUCCCUGAAGACCAUGACCCCACCAUAGGUGAGAGAGUGCUUGGUGUCUGAUCAAAAUACGGCGACUCGUAUUUGGUCAAAUUUGGCCUCCUUUAACCACACCAAAAGCUACUACAUCAAAUGAGUGAUCAAUGUUGUAUUUUUAAUCAGUUUAUUAGGUAGUGCUCCUACAGACAGUGAGUCACGUGGCUUGCUAUAUAAAGCAGGCAGACAGGCAUCGAGGCAUUCAGUUACGGUUCGAUUGAACGUUAGAAUGGGCAAAACUAGUGACCUAAGCGAUUUUGAGCGUGGUAUGAUCGUCGGGGCCAGGCACGCCAGAUCCAGUGUCUCAGAAAUGUCCGCCCUCCCCCCCACGCAGGGUUUCCCGAGAAUGGCGCAGUGGUCUAAGGCACUGCAUCGCAGUGCUAACUGUGCCACUAGCUGUGCCACUAGAGAUCCUGGUUCGAAUCCAGGCUCUGUCGUAGCCGGCCACAACCGGGAGACCCAUGGGGCGGCGCACAAUUGGCCCAGCGUCGUCCAGGGUAGGGGAGGGAAAGGCAGGCAGGGAUGUAGCUCAAUUGGUAGAGCAUGGCGUUUGCAAAGCCAGGGUUGUGGGUUCGAUUCCCGCGGGGGGCCAGUAUGAAAAAAAAAUGGUGCGACAAACAAAAAAAUCCUGUCAGUGGCAGUCCUGUGGGUGAAAACAGCUAGUUGUUGAGAGAGAUUGAAGGAGAAUGGCAAGGAUCGUGCGAGGACGUGUCGAUUCAUGCCACAGAUGGGCUAUUGCAGCAGACGACCACAUCGGGUUCCACUCCUAUCAGCUAAAAACAAGAAGAAGCGGCUUCAGUGGGCACACAAUCACCAACACUGGACAGUUGAGUAGAGGAAAAACAUCGCCUGGUCCGACAAAUCCCGGUUCCUGUUGCGUCAUGCUGAUGGUAGAGUCAGGAUUUGGUGUAAGCAGCAUGAGUCCAUGGACCCAUCCUAACUGGUGUCAAUGGUACAGGCUGGUGGCGGUGGUGUACCGCCGUCCAAUCUGCAGCAACUGCGUGAUGACAUCGCGUCAGCAUAGACCAACAUCCCUGUGGAACGUGUCCGACUUGUAGAAUCCAUGCCCCGAAUAAUUCAGGCUGUUCUGAAGGCAAAGGGGGGUCCAACCCGGUACUAGAUGGGUGUACCUAAUAAACUGGCUGGUGAGUGGCUAGAUAGAUAGAUAGUGUAUACAGGUAACUGCCAAAAUAAUGGAAACACUUGAGUAAAUGAGGGAUGCAAAGUAUAUUGAAAGCAGGUUCUUCCACACAGGUGUGGUUCCUGAGUUAAUGAAGCAAUUAACAUCCCAUCAUGCUUAGGGUCAUGUAUAAAAAUACUGGGCAGACCAUUAUUUUGGCUACCAUGGCUAUGCCCCCAUAGGAUGACAAUGCCUCCAUCCACAGGGCACGAGUGGUCAUUGAAUGGUUUGAUGAACAUGAAAACGAUGUAAACCAUAUGCCAUGGCCGUCUCAGUCACCAGAUCUCAACCCAAUUGAACACUUAUGGGAUAUUCUGGAGUGGUGCUUGAGACAGUGUUUUUCCACCACCAUCAACAAAACGUACUGAAGGAGGGAACGAGGUAUAACAUACUAUGGGGAGUCAACAACCAAUCAUAUUCACCUGAAAAACUGAAAUCACACACAACGGGCCAAUGGAUGCCGAGCCCGCCCUCAGAAGCACCGCCUUCCUGACUAUAAUACCGGGGCUCGCAUCCAUUUCCUCAAUUCAGUAACACUUUUCAGCGAGCCAAAAUAUGUUAUACCUCGUUCCAUCCUUCAGGGAACAGUAGUUAUAUUCAUAACUGUAUGUUCCAUUCAGUCGGCCACUCUGUAUAACAUACUAUAGGGACAUACAAUCACGCCCCAAACCGACUCACAGGGUACCAAACAAUGAGGCCCACGGCAAAAAGGGGUUACAGAAGUCACCCUUUUCCCUAAUACUUACCUGAGAAGCCUGAACUGUCAGAGUCCCAUAUAGGGAACCAGAACCUGCUGCAACUUGGCUAUGCACACUGACACGCUGCCACUAUGCGCAAGUCCAUAGAUCCCACGGUUCCAAGAACAAUACUUACCUGCGAGCCUGAAAUGUCAGAACUCAUAUAAGGAACCGCAAGUCCAAAACAACAGAACACCUGUCGUGACUUGAUAAAGCGCACACAGGCGCUCCAUAGCAUUGACCAUUGUUGAUGAACCACCGCCUAUGACAUGUAACUACACAAUAAUCCUGUAUAGCCAUUAAAAUACCACUCAAUGUCUCUCCCAGAGGAUGCAUACAAGACACAGAUCCGCAUCGAUGAUGAACCAGCCAACCUGGACAUCCUGGACACAGCAGGACAGGUAACUUCCUCACAAAUGGCUUCCAUUGAAACGUCACGUCUCCACCUUCUUUGGCUGCAUCUCAUUCUCAAUAGUCUAAAAUGGCUUCCUCGCCUCCUCUCCUUAAUCUACUGAUCUGUAAACAUAGGAUAGGUGAAAGCAAUAUGAAAAAACACCUUGGAAGGACUGGGAAUUUGCUUUCAUCUGUCCAGUUCUUUCACAUUAGUUCAGAUAGAGCAAUCGAGAAGAGGAGGGGAAACCCUCUCCCUCUAUCCCAAUGCUCACUUUCCUUUAAAUCAAUCCUUUCUGACUGUCUGUCCCUGUCUCUCAAUUACAUUCAAUUCAAUCAUUCUUAUUAGCAUGAUAACUUAUCAUUGAUAAGUAAUUAUCUUACAUUGCCAAAGCAAACCCAGAAUAACAUAUUUCAUUCUUUCAUAUCUCCCCUUCAUCGUCAUAACAUCCAAGUCCUUAUUCUUCUCAACUUCCUUUUAAGUAACGCUCACUCCAUCUACUCCCUUUCUUUUUCCACAAACGUACAUCAUCUCUCACCCGCUCCCCGCAAGGUGUCUUUGCCUCUCUGACUCAUCCAUAGACACAUGCAUGGCUCACUUAGGAUAUUAGUCAUUUUCUAUAAAUGGUCAUGUACAUGUUCUAAAAUAUAUGCCCAUGACUGGGUUUGUUCGUACCGUACCAAAGUCAGGGAAGUGUCCACACACAGGGCAUUGUGUUUAGAGAGCUAUUGCUCGGAGUGACCUAGACAGUCCACUGUGUCAAGUGACCCUUAACUUCUUAGUAAUCUAAAUUCAAAUCUUUUUCAGUGGGUCUCCAUGUUCUUCCUCUAGUAGCUUGUAGGACAGACAGAACGAUGUAUUGGUGAUUGAUUCUCUGGAUGCUCUCAGGCAUACAGACACACACACACACACACACUUUCGCUCACACUCAUACCAGUACAUGGAUGUGUGUGUGUGUGGCAUCUGGAUAUGUAAUGUUAUCUAAAUAUUUUGCUGUUAUCCUUUCUGUAUCAGUCCUUAAUCACUCACUCUCCUUUUUCCUCUCUCCCUCUCCCUCUCACUCUCUCUCUCUCUCUCACUCUCACACACGCCCCUCUCCAGGCGGAGUUCACAGCCAUGCGGGACCAGUACAUGCGGGCAGGCGAGGGCUUCAUCAUCUCCUACUCCAUCACAGAUAGGCGGAGCUUACAGGAGGCGCGCCAGUUCAAGCAGCUCAUUGACCGUGUGCGCCGCACCGCCAACACACCAGUGGUACUGGUGGGCAACAAGUCUGACCUGACCCAUCUCCGACAGGUGAGAAUUGUGGGAAAGAAGGAAGGAGGGAGGGGGAGAGGGACGCACAUUGGUAGUCUUGGCACUAAAGUAGGUUUUGCCCACUAUCUUGCGGCAUUAAAAUCUUACUGCUAUUCAAAAGGCCAAACGUCACACAUUUACUGGGAGAUUUACAGAUUGCCUGUCUGACUGGUAUGGUAUAUGUAUAGAUUCCCCGGUAAAUCUAUAGAUUUACUAAGGAGCCAGGGAAUCUGUAGAUUUACCAAGGAGACAGGGGAUCUGUAGAUUUACAAGGAUACAGGAUUUUUCAACAUGGCAUUUCCCUCCACUCCACUAGGUGUCAGUAGAGGAGGGAAAGGAGCUGGCCAGGGAGUUCCAGUGCCCCUUCUUCGAGACCUCCGCGGCAUUUCGCUACUACAUCGACGAGGUGUUCGCCGCCCUGGUCCGCCAGAUUCGCCAGCGCGAGGCCGAGUCGGUCCGCGGCAGUGAGCGGAAGACCAGGAGAAGCCACUCAUUUUGGAGCCGCAUGCGCUGCACCUUCCACAAGAAACAGCACUCUGAGCACUGAGAGAGGGGCACUGUGGGAUACGACAGUCCUCCAGUGGUACCCUUACAGCCCCAAUUCCUCGUUCCAACUCCCACGAGGAGAUCAAUGACUCUUAUCUGAGUUAGAUUAUGAGUGUUUGGAAUGGGCAACUGAACUAACAAUCGUUACUGAAGAGAAUAGCCUCUUGUGCGCAUUAGAGAAGGCAGGAACCGUGCUGAUGUACCGUAUGCUCAUUGUGCAGAAAAUUGGGUCUGGCUUUUAACAACAGUCGACGUUAGCAUUUUAGUAUCCAAUGAAACCAAUUGACUGUAGUGUUGUUGAAUAUUUUUUUUAAUGCUGAGACAGCGUGGAGUUUGCCUGAAGUUACGACAUUUCUCUUUGAUGGAGAGCCAGAGAUGAGACGUUUAGGUGUAACUAUGUACCUCACAGGGAGGGAGGGAAGGGGUUGGAGGCCUGAAGAGAUGGAGGCUUGAAGAGAGAUAGAGAUUAUGGGGAAUUGGGGAGGGAACGGGAAGGUCGAGCAAAGGCUGUGGGGCCCAAAGGAGCAGAAUAUUGAGAAGGUCAUACAGUAGGUAAAGUGGCACAGGUAUUGAGGAGUGAACUUAAAGUUUGAUUUAAAGGUGGUUGGUUGGUAAAUGCGAAGGGGUAUGAGACGUGAGUUUGAAGAUUAGAGGGAGAGUCCCAAAGGAUGUGGAAUAUCUUGCCAGCCAAGGAAAAGGAAAGAGAAGGAUGGAAAUAAUGAAAAUAUUGUAAUAUGGAAGAUGAUGAAAACAAGACGUUCUGAUAGCAUUCACUGUGCAUUGAGGUCCCUCUCCAUUUCAAUUGAAAAGCCUUCAUGGGUUAUUGCUUAGUGUUUGUAAACUGACCAGCCUGUACUCAGGGUUGGUGCCAUGUUGCAGUGGGAAUACUUUGACAGUUGUGAACUGAGUUGCAGAGGAUAUUUAAUACACAGGUGGUGUUGAUGUUGACAAGACAUUACUGUGCAGCAUUGCCUAAUAUGGUCCACUGAUCUAUACUCGACCUGAAUGGGCUGAUAAUUGGCAUGGGAACGAUGUUGAUUCCAUCCAAAUUACAUAAAUCACUGGAUUUUUUCUUUUUAGAAUGGAAUUUGAUGGGCGUAGAUGGCAUUUUAAUUUUGCUCUGCCUACAACAGGGUUGUCGUCAUAUAAUGUUUCUAGUGUUUCAGUAAAUAGAGACAAUGCCAAGUACAGUACCUCUCCAGAGUGAUUCACACUCCCUUAUUACCCACUGACCUGUAGCACAACGGUUGUGCACUUAUUAUUUCAGCACUCCGUGGAUCUGGUAGUGCCACAUAUGGGAGUAUAUUAUGUGUUUUUUGUUUGUUUUAUUCCUCUUGAUCAUGAUUAUUAUUUUCCUUAAUUUAUUUUCUAUUAACACACUCAAAUAAAAUGUACUGCC